AUGAGCAACUCGCCGCCAAGUAUUAUUCUAGUUUGUACCGAGAAUUCGCAUUGUGCGAUCUCAAGCAUUUCAAAUCCGGGAAUGUACGUCAAAUAUCAUUUAAAUAAGCCAUCUUCCUGGGCACUAUAUGCUAACCCAUCUGAGUCGUAG